UCGAAAAUAUUUCCGGGAGAAGUUUUGCUCACGCAAACAGCUGCACAAUGAAGCCGCUUCGGAUCGCUGGGCUCCUUAUCGCGUUUAUGGCUUAUGGCUUGCAGACUUCCCAAGCACAAGACACAUACACCUACGCAAUUGACGGUGGUGGCCUCUCGGGAAAUAUAAUAGAAGACCGACCGACGGGCCCACGUGGAGAACGCACUUUCGUAGAUGAAAACUCGGUUUUGAGUAGGAGAGGCAUCGGUGACGCGUACGAUGCAACCAACUACCUUGAUGGGGAAGAAGGUGACAGCUACACCUUCCGAAACAGAGAUAGUUCUCAAUACGUAGGCACCAAAGACGGUCUUUCACAACAUAACUAUGUUGUGUUCGAUAGGCCCCGCCCAGAAUCUGAAGACGAUAGUGGGUCACGGCGCGAAAACGAAGGCUGGGAAGCCACAGGUGGCCCGAGAUUCUUAAGCAGCCUUUUUGGAAAUGCGGGGCAACCUGGGCAGGAGGGGGCAUCGAGCCUUCCUUCAACAAGUGGACGGAGGCAUUCUGGCAGUGGAUUUGGCGAAGAAGAUUAUGUUGUGCUGGGUGGCGAGGAACCGCGUAGACGUGAAAGUGUUGAUGGUGCUUCUGAUGGCGCAUAUCUAGAACAGUUCUUCAAGAAGGGCAGCCGUCAGCGCGCAGUCGAUGAAUUCAGUGCCCCCGGCGCAGAAGAAGGACAACGUGGCCUACCAAGGACCAUAUUAGGUCCCUUUAUCAGGAACACUGAACAAACCAAGAAAAUUGAGGGUUUUCACCAAGUCCCUAAACUUCAUGGACGUCAGAGUUAUUUGGCUGCAGACUAUUUAGGAAACCUAAAUGGAGGUCCUUCCAAUGGGGUUGUACAAAAUGAUGGAAGCAUUGAAAUCAUAAGUGACGGUAGCCAUCAAGGCAGUCUGCUUGCCCUUCUUGAAGGAUCGGAUGAUCGAGAACAAAACAACCCACGGAGCAGAAGUUUAGAAUCUGUAAGAGGUGCUUCGGGUGACGGUACUGAUUCAGGAGGCUCCCUUGCCGAAAUCUUUGUCGCGGCUUUUGAGAGGACAACGACGGCUUCAUCACCCUAUUCCGUACCGCUGUCAAAUUUUAUACGCCAAUGAACGGUUCCCAUUUGUCAUUAGCCAAGAACUGGGCUUAAGAGGAGGCGAUGGCAGGAACCCCUUCUGGAGACAUAGACCACAAUUAUUUGGCGUGGAAGGUCUUCCUGCCGACGUGGGAAAUCGCCGAGAUGGCAGCAUGAGAGGAAUGUACGAUGGUGGAUUCAGAUUACCAGUCAUUUUAUUCGAUAAGUCGGGUGACGAUUUUGACAAAACUGGCACACGUUCGAGAGGUACAGCUGAAAGAGGCUUCAGCGCGCGUGGUAAUGGCUAUGACAGCCCGGUUACAGAAUGGAAUCAGCUACCGCAGAAUUUAGCCUAUAAUUAGAGAUUUUUUCACCAGGAAUAGACAGUCAUGGUGAAUGGUACAUAACACAAUGAUACGUCUAGUAUACCGCCGAGCAGUUGGCUUUAAAAUGUUAUCAGGCUUUAUUGCGUCUUCAUAGGAGAAAGGGGAAGUCGGAAAAAGCUGCUAAAACAGCUUUAAUUAGCCCUGUCUCCUUAGAUAGAUUUCGAGGCCAUUGAUCGAAUAAAUGGAAUUAGUGCGUAUUGAAUUUGUAUUGCUUUGAUUUGCUUGACAGUAAUACGUGAAAAUUGCGCAUGUCUUAUCAUCCUAUCAUCUUGUCGGCAGCUUUACCAUAAGCAGUUUCUUGCUUUUAGCUCAGUCUCUGACGUUUGUUAAAUCGGCAGCCGUUACACAGACAACAAGCAAAGCUUUGCGUAAUACAUUUUGUGAGUGUUCCUGCUGGCUCUCAAAAGUUCACGCUGAGAAAGAAAGAAAAAUGUAUGCGGACCCAUACCACGUGGAAGCGACAUUAUUUGGGGCAUUGGUAAUGAAUACAAAGACGCUACAUGUACGUUUUCAACUGAUUCUAACUGUUUUUGUGUCAUUUAUUCUGAUUAAAAAUGCUUUUUUGUUGAAAUUAGUGAGCUGCUGUGUUUUUUCGGUUUUCAGUUUACUGACGC